AUGACGAAGAUCUCCGAGCCGAAUGGUAUCUUCCAUCAUCAGGAUGGACCGAGCCUCAAACGCCUCCCGGACGAAUUCUACAACGAUUUUCUUUCUGAUAUCGCUAAAAAUCGCAGACCGAGUCCAAUUCGUAGCUUAUUCCCGCUCGAAAAGACGCCUGGGGUUAUCUCACUCCUCGCGGGAAAGCCUAACUCGUUGACGUUCCCAUUUACCUCACUAAGCUUCACCGCCGUCUCACCCACGUCGAGCGAUGAGACGACGCUCACGAUCGACGGCGCUGAGCUCCAGCUGGGCUUACAGUACUCUGCGACCGAAGGUCUGGAGCCUCUCUUGGACUGGCUUCACGGCCUACAGGAGGUCAACCACGGCCGUAAGCGGGGCGAAGGCUGGCGCAUCUCUGUCGGCUGUGGCUCCCAGGAUUUGAUCUACAAGGCCAUUAAUGCCAUGGUCAAUCCAGGAGACUCGGUCCUUGUCGAGUCGCCGGCAUACGCUGGUGUCAUCCCCAUGUUCGUGUCGCUCCACUGCAAUCAAAUCGAGGUCGAGACAGACGCCCAUGGGAUCUGUUCCUCUUCUCUUCGUACCACUUUGGAACAAUGGCCUGCGGGGAAGCCCAAGCCGAAAGUCUUGUACACCGUGCCGUAUGGCUGCAACCCGACGGGCAUGACAGCCACGACAGAUAGGCGCAAGGAAGUCCUUCAGCUCGCGAGAGAGCACAACUUUAUCAUCCUCGAAGACGAUCCUUACUUCUAUCUGUACUACGGAAAGGCGCCGCGCUACCCGUCCUAUUUCCAGCUCGAGCUAGAGGAACCAGAGGCCGGCCGUGUGCUCCGGUUCGACAGUCUGUCGAAGAUCCUCUCCGCCGGCAUACGCAUCGGUUUCGCCACUGGCCCUAAGGCGCUCCUCAACGCUAUAGACCAGCAUACCGCGACGUCGAACCUUCAAGUGCCCUCGCUGACGCAGAUCAUCGUAUUCCGUUUACUGCAGUCGUGGGGGUAUGACGGCUUCGCCGCGCAUGUCCAGCGCGUAUCUGAGUUUUAUCGCGAGAAGCGCGGGAUGGUCAAGCACCUUACGGGGCUCGCGGAAUGGAGCUCCCCUGAGGCUGGCAUGUUUUUCUGGUUCAAGCUCCUGCUCGCUGAAGAUCCUACCGCCGCGUCCGAUCCGGCUCACAACGACUCCGAGGCAGUGAUAAGGACGCGUGCGUUCGAAAACGGUGUCCUCGCGCUGCCUGGCACGGCGUUCAUCCCGAAUGGGGGCAGGACGCCGUACGUGCGCGCUGCAUUUAGCCUGAUUGGCGAGGAGGACGUCGAGAAGGCGACCCAGCGUCUACGUGAGACGAUUUUGCAGGAGAGGGCGGCGGUGGCGGCUCGUAGGGUGCAAAAUGGCAUUGCCGUUGCGGCUGCAGCUUAG